AGCUGCUGUGGUUUUUCAGCUCUUGUAUCUGCUGUAUAUGGUUCUGUCUCAGGUGCCAUGUGCUAGCUCUGUUCUCUGUAUAGCUGCUUUUGACAGCUCCUCAUCGAUCUUCUAAUCCACCACUCGUGAUCCUAGAAAACAGAGACCACAAGUUGAGACCUUCACCUACAGAAUCCCAAGGGCCAACACUGGGCAGAAGACAGCUCCAUCCUUCUUACAAAAGGGCUUUUCCACAGAAGCAUUUCCUUUAUACUCUUUGCAGUGAGAUACCCUGCUUCAAGAAUUUCUCAUGGAGCCAGAAGCCUUUGAAGUUUGCCCUUAUGAUCCUCACCACCGAAUCCCACUCAGGAGACUCCAGUACCACCUGGCAUCAUGCAGGAGAAAGAACCCCAAGAAAGCCAAAAAGAUGGCCAUCUGCAAGUACAACGCCUGCCAUGUGGUCCCCAUCAAAAAGCUGGAGGAACAUGAGGCUGUCUGUGUCAACAGAAGCUCCCUGGAGGAAGAGGACACCGAGAACCCUCUGAAAGUUAGUCUUCCUAGUUCAGAGCAGAACGAUGACCCCCAGCAGACUUUUAUUCCCCAAAAGCUUGUCUGUGAAAAUGACACAAAAGAGUCAACAAGAGAGACCAGUCCCCAGAAGAUCCUCAGACCAGGACAGUAAACUGCCAGCAGAAGAAGGAGCACACAUCUCGUAAAUGCAUGGAAGAAUGUGCAAUGCAUCAGAAUAAAAGGCAUGCAAAGCAAA